GACGAGGCGGCGGCGGCGAAGGCGUACCCGCCGUCCGCGUGCCCGGAUUCGGGCCUCAUCCGCUCGGCCCGGCCAUGUCCACCAAGAGGGUUCUUUGCAAGUUCUUCAUGCAUGGUGCUUGCUUGAAAGGAGAGUAUUGUGAGUUCUCCCACGACUGGAGUGACCAAGCAAAUAAUGUUUGCACGUUUUACCAGAGAGGCUCAUGCUCUUAUGGUAACCGUUGCAGAUAUGACCAUGUCAAGGUUUCUCGUAACAACCCAGUGCCUCCACUACCAUCAUCAAGUAUCGCAACACGUAAUUCCCCAGUUCGCCCGCCACCAUCAUCAAGUACUGCGACACAUGUUGCAUCUACAUCUCCACAACUUUUAAGUUCUGGACGUCCUCUUCACUUGGGACACCAAACAAAUUCAAGCAACCAACGGCAACAGAUAUCUAUGGAUAAGCUGGCAGUUUCUGAAAGUAAGCCUGCAUGGAGGAAUGAGGUCCAACUUGACAGUGUAUCAGAGGAUGGGAUUGGCUGGUCAUCCAUUCAAACUGCGCAAAACCAAACUUCCAUGAAACUUGCUGAUAUGCCAAUUUGUUCUUUUGCUGCUGGUGGUAACUGCCCGUAUGGGGAAGAGUGCCCUCACAUGCAUGGGGAUUUGUGUGCGUUCUGUGGGAAAAUGUGCUUGCAUCCUUAUCGUCCUGAUGAGAGGCAGGAGCAUAUCAAGCUAUGUGAAAAAAACCACAAGCGUCUUGAGGCUUUGAAACGUAGCCAAGAAAUAGAAUGCAGUGUCUGCUUGGACCGUGUGCUCUCAAAGCCUACUGCUGCUGAAAGGAAAUUCGGACUAUUAUCUGAAUGUGAUCAUCCCUUCUGUAUUUCAUGCAUAAGAAAUUGGCGUGGCAACUCUCCUACAUCUGGUAUGGAUGUGAACUCAGCACUGAGAGCUUGCCCAAUAUGCCGCAAACUUUCGUACUAUGUCAUUCCAAGUGUUCUUUGGUACUUCUCGAAAGAGGAAAAGUUGGAGAUCACUGAAAACUACAAAGCAAAGCUCAAGUCAAUAGAUUGCAAGUACUUUGAUUUCGGAACGGGCACUUGCCCCUUCGGGACAAGCUGUUUCUACAAGCAUGCUUACAGAGAUGGCCGCUUGGAAGAAGUCGUACUGCGACAUCUUGAUUGUGAUGAUGGAAGUACACUUAUUGCUAAGAACAUUAGGUUGUCAGACUUCCUCGGCCGGUUGCAUCUUUAGGGACCUGCUGCAUAUAUAUCGAAUGUUGGACGAAGAGAUGGUGUGAAGAAAGGUGAAAUGUAUUCCGAAGACAUCAGUUUAAAUCGAGGCAUCUUGGAAAACUGCUGCUUUAUCUCCAAUUUAUUGGUGGUUGCUUUGUCGCCAAACAUACAAAGAAAAUUCGAAGUUCGCUGCCGGAUACCUGGAUGACCUUGUAGCACUAUUGACCAGUGAAACAAUGGAAAAGAAGUUAUGCCGCGAGUAUGCUUGAAAAGUGAAAAGAAAAAAUUACAAUAAUUAGAACUGCUGAAACGCCUUUCUGUAUGCACUUUGUGUUGCUUCCUGGGUGGUCACCAGUGAUUCGGUAGAACGUUACCUGGCCAUUGUGCGAACGACCGGUGUGUAAUACUCAUUUCCAAACUGCCAUUCCCCUGUUGAGGAAGGCUACCGCACCACCAACUGGUGAACUGAGACCGUUUGGUUGGUUGUAUAACGUGUACGCUGGAGGAAAAAGGAAAAGAAUUCAAAGAAUAUGCUUCAUACUUGAUGAUAUGAAGUUUGAUUGGUCA